UUUUACUGGCUAAAUAUUUUAAGAGAUGUUUAAGACGAUCCUUAAAGAUAAGAAUUAGACUGUAAACACGCCUUAGUGUGCACUUGUCAGUGCGCAUUAGUGCAAGCAACCGAAUUCGCUAUAAAUCGCAUCGUACGCCGCUGGCUUUAGUUUGUUCAACUCGAUAAAUUGUACAUUGUACAAUUAUACAAUCGUGCCGAUAAACUUUUCAAGCGUUUCGACUUACUUGCGCGAAACAGACUAUUCGCAGACGCCACGUUCGAUUCUUCAAUACUCGUAUAUUCGAAGGGGAAACCUAUGCGGAAAAUUCUGCUCUUACAGAAAAGUCGCGCGUUGACUCGCGUGCUUUUUAUCCAAUUGGCUUUCAACUUUCCUGCGACCGCCGAACUUUCGCAUACGUUUCUCUUGCGAAUGAAGCGAAGAAUCGGGGCCCCGGACUUUCGCGCCAAACUGUCCCGUCGGCCACUCGCGUAGCCGGCGCGGCAAGAGAGAGGUUACGUCGCGCGGAGUCAAGAUUGAGGAAAUGUUUGGAGGGCGCGACGACGAGCCGCCCCGUUUACGUCAAUAGUACGUUGACGCGACUAAUCGGAUCACGGAAGACGAAGGCGAAGAGGUUAGGUCGCGACGGCGCUUGAAAACGGGAGAGGAUGCUGAAGGUGCUGUCGCUCCACGACUUCGAGGGCCCCGCCUUCGGCAACGCGGCGGCCGUCGGCCUCAUCGAGGGCGUCGUCCACUACUGCGCCUACGACACGCUGCAGGAUGAGAUGCAGCCUUUCGCCAGGUACCUGCGCGGCUACCCCGAGGUCUCCGUCACGCAGGAGAUCCUCGCGACCCGCGAGACCGCGCGCACGAUCAGCGCCGGGGAGCUGUUCCUGCCCGUUCACGACAGCGUGUUCAAGAAGCUCGCCAACGUGUGGCGGGAGCGUGGCCUGUCCGAGGCGAUCCGCUUCGCCGCGGCCGCCGAUCCCGAGCAGAUCACGAGCGUCGCGCACUGGAUCGCGACGAGGCUGAACUGGACGUUGGAUUUGAUGGACAGAGGACUGUACCACAGAGACGUGUUGCCGAUGUCGGGAAACGGGUCUGUUGCCGAUAUCGUCGCUACGCGGGACUGGAAUACGUCGCUGGUGAGGUGUCUGUCCUGGCAUCCGCACUGCGCUCGCCUGGCUGUGGCUACGAGGGACGACAGAGUCCGCAUCUUCUCGCAAGGCCUACUGGGCGUGCCGGUGCUGAGGCAUAGCGCGCAGAAGUCAGUUUGCUGUUUAAGUUGGCGGCCGUAUGCCGGCCGCGAAUUAGCGGUUGCUUGUUACUCCGGAGUUUUGAUUUGGACGAUAGAAUUGGGGGCGGCUAGUAAUUCGCUUAGCCACGCGAUACUCUUGAAGCAGAGGAAUCAUGCACCCGUUACGAGCAUCGUGUGGCACCCACAAGGUGAUUUGUUGGCAUCGUGCUCGCCGUCGGAUUUAAGUAUAAUGAUCUGGGAUGUUUCUAAGGAAGAAGGGGUUCCUCUGAAACGCGUCGGUGGCGGCGGCAUAUGCUUUACGCGCUGGUCGCCUUGUGGCUUGCGAUUGUUUUCUGCCUCGUGCAGAAAUGUCUUCAGGGUCUGGAACACUGGCGUUCCGACGCCGUGGCAUGCAGAAAGAUGGACCGUACCCCAGGGUCGCGUGGCAACUGCAUGCUUUGGUCCCAACUCAACGUUACUCUUCGCCACUACCGGAGAUCCCGCUACGAUAUUCUCGUUGCCGUUACAAGAUAAUAUAUUCGACGUUAAAAAGACAAGCAAUAACGAUGUGAAGAUAGCUAUGCGUCUAAUCGAUUUAACGAAAGUAAAUUUCUCAUCGGACGACAAUGACGAUUAUAUCACGGUGGGCGGUAGAAUAGUUUCUAUGGAAUGGGACCCAACAGGAAAAUGUCUUGCCAUUCUUUUCCAGGACAGUCCAGUUGUUGCACUGGUCAAAACAAACUUGAGUCAUUUGUCGCGGAUAGUGGAAGCGCAAGCGAGCUGUCUUAUCAAGGGAUUUCCAGGGGAAGUGCCAAACUGCAUUAACUUCUAUCAGAAACACUCGUCGUGGAUUUGUUUGACAAUAGCUUGGAACAGUGGACGCGUGCAGCAUUUCCCGAUUGUGGAGAAUGUAUCUAAGGUUGAUACUAGCACACGCUCCACGUCAUUACCUCAAAUCGUGAGGCCAAGUGGAUUGUACAGCUUUGACGUCUACGGCGGCAGACAAUAUUAAGUUAUUAUGAUAUCACUGAGGUAAUAAAAUAUUUUUAUAUGAUUUUUCUAUCUGCAUUUGUAAAGGAUAAAUAUAAAAAUGAAAUAAUGGUUUAAUAAACUCAUUUGCAAGAAA